ACACCAAGUAGUGCAAAUAAUACCAAGUUUUUGGGUCAUUCAGUUUCAGUGUUGGUGACCCAAAGCUUGAUAGAAAGAAUGACGGUGAAUGGCAUAGCAUAAUCUGCACAGAGGGAUCGAAAGACGGAAAGAGUGUGAAGCUUGUUGUUGUUGUUUGCGGUUGAUUAGGCCUUUUGGUUUGGGGUUUCAUGAUGGAUGGUGACAGAUACAGUGUUGAAUUGAUUGCGAUGGAAUGUUUUUUGGUGCCCUUCCUGCCUUCACUCCCUCAGCGUUUCCUGCCUUAUGGCUUAUGAACCCUAAUUACUAGCCAAGGGUUGCUGUUGCGGUCUACGCAUGAGCUGGAGGAUUACUUGCUAAAAUUGUUGGCUGCUGAGUGGUGACAUAAUAAUAUUAGCAGCUAAUUGUUAAAUAUACAUGCUUUGAUUUUACUUUGUUGAGUAAUAUCAUAUUAAUAAAGAAAGAAAAAAGGAAAAUGUAUGGGAGAGGUGGUCUUGAUAGAUUCAAAAAAGCUCAAUCCUUGGAACCCUUCUCGGUUUCCCUGAAUUCUUCUUCCCCCAAAACCGCACCCAAAGCUGGUCAAGUUGAACAACAUUCACAUAUUCAAAAUGCAGUUGCUCAGCCUCAGCAAGAGGAGGAUGUUCAAUCCAAGCCAGCCACUCAGGUUGGGGCCGGUCAAUCCACUUGGCAACCUCCUGAUUGGGCUAUCGAGCCUCGCCCUGGUGUCUACUAUCUUCAAGUUGUCAAGGAAGGACAAGUACUUGAAACCAUUAAUAUCGAUAGACGCAGACUCAUCUUUGGCAGGCAAUAUCAUACUUGUGAUUUCGUGCUUAAUCAUCUCUCCGUUUCACGUCAGCAUGCUGCUGUUGUUCCUCACAAGAAUGGCAGCAUAUAUGUCAUUGAUUUGGGAUCAGCGCAUGGAACCUUUGUUGCAAAUGAGCGUCUGACAAAAGAUACACCUGUUGAGCUUGAAGUAGGUCAAUCUUUGCGUUUUGCUGCAUCCACGAGAACUUAUAUCUUAAGGAAGAACAAUGCAGCUCUAUUUCCUCGUCCUCCACCCCCCACCGAGAUAAAUCUACCCCCACGGCCUGAUCCUUCUGAUGAAGAAGCUGUCGUAGCUUACAAUACACUUAUAAAUCGUUACGGUCUGAGCAAAUCUGACUUGCUGCCCAAAUCCAUCUCAUUAGCUGAAAGUGAAGACAGCACACUGCCAGAGAGAGCCACUAAAAGAAUGAGGAAACUAAAAGUUACCUUUAGGGAUCAGGCUGGGGGAGAGUUGGUCGAAGUUGUUGGAAUUUCAGAUGGUGCAGAUGUAGAAACCGAAACGGGACCCAUAGGUGUAAAAGAAGGAAGUCUUGUUGGAAAAUACGGAUCUCUUGUACAAACAACAGUAAUUCCUAAAGGUAAGGAUGUAUCGUCUGUAAAAGAAGACGGUGUUUCUCAGAAAGGUGUGACUGAUAAACUGCAAGAAUUGUUGAACAAAGUAAAAAAUACACCAAAAGGUGGGAUUUAUGAUGAUCUUUACGGAGAAUCUUUAUCUGAAAAAGUGGGUUCUUCUUCGUGGGCUUACACUAGUGAUAGUGCUCCUACAGGAGAUGAUGUUGUUGGUGGUGCCUCAAGUGGUAAACCUGGAACUAAGUCUGCCUCAUAUGAUGAUAGCGAAGAUGAUUUAUUUGGUGAUUGAUUGAAAUGCUCUUUGGCAACAAUUUUCCCACAUUGGGUUUUUGAUUAAAUGACACAAAAGUAAGUUCUUUCUGGCCUUAGAAGCAAAAGGUUAUUAUUAACUCUUUUUAAGAUGGAGAAAUUUUCGUUGUAAUUUAUUACUAAACUUUCUUUGUACAAUGGAUUGUCAACCUCUGAUUGGGGAUUUUAAAGUCCACGUUAGAGAAUGUUUUCAUUUCCUUUUAAUCUA